CCUCAUACAAAAUCUUCUAAUAAUUAUAACAUUUUCCACAUUUGCAUCACAAUGGAGAGAGUGACAAAGAUGGUUUCAGAGAGGCCAGUAGUGAUAUUCAGCAAGAGUUCAUGUUGCAUGAGUCAUAGCAUAAAAACACUUUUUUGUGACUUUGGUGUGAAUCCAGCAGUUUAUGAACUUGAUGAGAUAUCAAGAGGAAGAGAGAUUGAACAAGCACUUUUAAGAUUUGGUUCUUCUCCGUCUGUUCCAACUGUUCUCAUCGGUGGUGAACUUGUUGGUGGAGCCAAUCAAGUUAUGAGUCUUCAUCUUAACCGCUCUUUGAUUCCAAUGCUUAAAAAAGCUGGAGCUCUUUGGGUUUAGUCCCAUCAACUCAUCACUAAGUAUGUAUAUGAUGAGUUUAAUAAUAUUAUAGAGUUUAUGGCACGGUAUGAUUCUGACUUAAUUGAGGUAAUUAGGUGUCGUUUAAAGCAAAUAUCAGUUUAGCCUUCUUAUUUUGGGGUUAGAAUGUAAUAAUUUUUAUGUAGUGUUUUUUCUUUACAAGAAUGGUAACUAACUAUUAUAUGGAUGAAUGAAUUACCUUUUUGUAUUAA